CCUAUCCACUGAGCCAAACCGGUCAGGGCCAGAUUAAUUUCUUGAACCUUACGUGGAGUAUGAUCUUCUUUGGCGACUUCAUGCUGAAGUACGCAGGGUGGAUUGUCAUGAUGGCUGCAGUGUAUUCUCAAAUGGUUCAGCAGAAACACACACAGAGCAGGAGGCGAGCAAAUGUGGGGAAAUGGUAGCAGCCGCUGGAUCUAAGCGAAGGGCCCCUGGUGCGAUCUGUGCUAUUAAUUCAACUUCUCUGGAGGCUUGAAUAUGUUCACGUGAAAGUUUGGGCAAAAGUGGUUAACACGGAAAUAAAGGCAAAUUUCAAGAAAUACUUUGCCUGCAUCAUGAACCUGAAAAGGAAUAGCUCCAGCGGGAUACUUGUGUAGCCACCAAGGUAAAUGAUUGAUUCUGGAAGAGAUUGCCAGUGAAUGUUAACAUCUCCGGUGCAAAGAAAUCCCGAGAGGGAAGGCUGUGCAGUUGGAUGGUGGCUGUGUGAGUGGGCACAGAACGUAGAGAACAGAGCGGAUGGCCAUGGCUCCGCUCUGAGCUCGGCGAGUGGUGGGUUGGGACAGGAUGAGAUGCACACUGGGCGUGCCGGGUACGUGUUAGCCGAUGGCGAGAACCGGCCGUGUCCCAAGGGGAGGCUCUUGAUGGACUGAUUUAGGAAAGCUCUGCCCAGUGAGAACGGUUACCCGUGAGUCAUGUGGCACAUCUUUCUCCUCUCGGGGCACGUGGAUGGUGAAGUCUUAGCCUCAGACACAGGGAAGUUCGCCGCGCGGAAGCCGGCAGCAGGCGUCUGAGGAACCGAGUGUGUGGGCGUCUCUGUGUUUGGGGGGUGAGAGGAGCCAUUCACAGCUUUUCAUUUCAGAAGCCAGAGACGUUUUCAUGACUCCUGUCCUCAGGCUCAGACGUUCUCAUAUAACAAAAGGAUGGAAAGAACCCGUCACCACAGGAGCCUGUCUGCGGCAGAAACAGUGUCGUCUACCUGUCCAUCUCCCGUCGUGCCACGUCUACCUGUCCAUCUCCCGUCGUGCCACGUCUACCUGUCCAUCUCCCGUCGUGCCGUGUCUACCUGUCCAUCUCCCGUCAUGCCGUGUCUACCUGUCCAUCUCCCAUCGUGCCGUGUCUACCUGUCCAUAUCCCGUCGUGCCGUGUCUACCUGUCCAUCUCCCGUCAUGCCACGUCUACCUGUCCAUCUCCCAUCGUGCCAAGUCUACCUGUCAAUCAGCAUCAUGCCGUGUCUACCUGUCCAUCUCCCAUCAUGUGAAGUCUACCUGUCCAUCUCCCAUUGUGCCACGUCUACUUUGUCUGGAACAAGAAAGAGGUGGUGGCAGGGCUGCCAGAGGAGCCUGGAAUUGCGAACACGUUGGGAAGCCAAGGGCUUUGUCCCAAAGUGGUCCUGGUUCCCACUCUCUGGCUAAUGAGAAAGGGAUCGUCUGGCCCCGAGAUUUGCCCUGCUCCUCCCAGAGCCACCGAACCCGCUUUUGGGUCUUCAGGGCAGGGCUGCCCAAGGGUUCCAGGUGGCUAAGAAGCCCGUUCCUCCCCCAGCAGGAGGGUGGUCCCUCCCGUCCCCUGGGACCGGGGCUGGCUCCGAGUCUGAUGCAGCAGCAGCCGCUGCAGAGGUGCCGGGGGCAGGUCCAGGCCCACCCUUGGGAGACCUCGGCCUCUGGCCGCUGUUGCUUCCCUCCUGGAGGCCCUGAGUGUGGGACUCCCCCCUGGGACCCGGCUCCCACGCCCGGAGGGGCCCAGGCCAAUAUCCACUGGCAGCCCCGUGGGGAGCCACCGUGACAUCCCAGCUGUCACCCCUUGGAUGACGCCGGUGAAGGCCGGUCCGCACAGAGAACCGCGGAGUCACCAGACAAACCGCUGCCGGGACCCGCUGUGUUGGCGUGGUUUGCUCUGCAGCAGCCGCGAACGGACACUGGGAAAGAGCUCGAAAGAAGGGAGGCCUCUCCCGCUCCCCAGCGUGGACUAACAAAGCCGGGGCCACCACUGGCCGAGGCAGCGGUUUAGACCAGGAGACCGCCUCCUCCCCGUCAGUGGGUUUUGGCCUCUGGCCUCUGUUUUUAGGCCUCUUUUUAAAAACAUUUAUUUUUAUUGAUUUCAGAGAGGAAGGGAGAGAGAUA